UCACGCCGCGUAGGCAAACAAUCUUUAGUUGCCAAACGAAGUUACAAGUGAAGAGUAAUAGAUUUGUUCUUAGUUUGAAAUGGACUUAAUUUUGUGGGUGCUGCUUGCAGUUGUUAGCCUAUUAUUUUGGCUCUACCAAAUCAAUAAAGAUUAUUAUGUGCUCGCCUUCUUUGCGCCUCGUGUGAAGACCAAAGAUGGACGCCCCGAAUGGACAAUUGCACCUGUGCCCAAAGGCAGAACAAUUUUUGCCAAUGGUUUUGACUUGUACGGUUUAACGGAACAGCAGGUAUUUCAACGAUUGCGCAUUAGGGCAGAAACAUUCCCAUCUAGCUUCAUAGAAUAUGGGUUCGGUAUAGCAAUAUACAAUAUAACUGACGCGGAAAGUGCUGACCUAGUAUUGAACGAUCAGAAUUUGAUAACCAAAAGCAUUAUAUACGAUUUUCUACAUCCAGCACUGUGCACUGGACUCUUGACUUCUACAGAUAAGAAAUGGCACAGUCGAAGGAGGCUGGUAACACCCACUUUUCACUUUAAUAUUUUGGGACAGUUUGAAGAGAUAUUCAAAGCUGAAAGUUUUAAAUUUGUUGAACAAUUUAAUGGAGCGUCGGAGAUUUCAAUUUCUGUAAGUGAGCUGAUACCCAGAUUCACUUUGAAUUGUAUUUGUGAGACUGCCAUGGGGGUUAAGCUCGAUGAUAUGGCCGAAAAGGGUGAUCUUUACCGUGAGAACUUUACUAUGAUCGACAAGUCUUUCGUAAGACGUUUGAGUAAUCCAUUUUUCUGGAACAAAACUUUAUAUGAAUACUUCAGACCAAAGGCGGACGCAAGUUCACUAAAAGUUGUUCAUGAUUUCUCCAACGAAAUCAUUGCCAAGCGUCGUAUACUUCUCGAGGCGGAUCUACAACAUCGCAAAACAACACAAGAUGCAGACGAAGAUAUCUAUGUGAACAAUAAGCCACGCUUUGCCAUGCUGGAUACUUUAAUAUUUGCUGAGACGGAUGGUCUUAUCGAUCAUAAAGGAAUCUGCGAGGAAGUGGAUACUCUCAUGUUCGAGGGCUUCGAUGGUACAUCAAUAGGUCUCACAUUUGGAUUGAUGAAUAUGUCUCUCUAUGGUGACAAACAGGAGCUUUGCUAUCAGGAAAUCAAUGAGUACAUAGCUGAUGACCUCAGCAACCUGGACAUUAAUCAAAUAGGUAAACUAAAAUACUUGGAUUGCUUUAUAAAAGAAACAAUGCGAAUGUUCCCUUCGGUACCUGUUACUGGACGACAAGCAGUGCGAGAAACAGAACUGGCCAAUGGUCUCAUUCUUCCAGCCGGCACACAGAUCUCUCUGCAUAUAUUUGAUAUUCAUCGAAGUCCCAAAUACUGGGAUUCACCGGAUAAGUUCCAACCCGAACGAUUUCUGCCUGAAAACUGUAGAGAUCGCCAUACUUACGCCUAUAUUCCAUUCAGUGCCGGACAGAGGAAUUGCAUUGGUCAAAAAUAUGCAAUGCUGGAAAUGAAGACUCUCCUCAUUGUUGUUUUAAAACAAUACAAAAUUCUACCUCUAAUUGAUACCAAAGAUUUGGUUUUCAGUACAGGAAUUACCCUGCGAACAGACAAUAAUAUUAAAGUAAAGCUUGUGAAGCGGCAAUAGACUAAAAUUGUUUUAAGUAAAAAUAAAAAGUGCCAAAUUCUAAAAAUAUGUAUAAA